AUGGGUGCAACCCUGAAUUCAUCGCCAGGCGACUGCGUGAAGUCCCGAAUGCAAGGCGAGGCGGCCAAGGAGCUCUACUCCGGAACUCUCGACUGUGCGACCAAGAUGCUCAGAACCGAGGGCCCUGCCGCCUUCUUCUCUGGCGCGAUCCCGCGCUGCGUGCAGGUGGGCAUGACCAGCGGAAUCAGCUUCGCCCUCUUCCCAGUGAUCAGCAAGCUGCUCAACAUGGUGAUGUGA